AAACUGGGAGAUAGCAUAAAUCUUCGUAGACAACUUGGCUGCAAGCAGUUAAACUGAAAUUAACUUCGGCCUUCUGGCUGCAGAGUGCUAGUCUGACGUUCCUGCGUGAUACUCUGCAGACUAAAUCAUGCCAGCAUUAUCAACUGGAUCUGGAAGUGACACAGGUCUGUACGAGCUGCUGGCUGCAUUGCCAGCCCAGCUGCAGCCACAUGUGGACAGCCAGGAAGACCUGACCUUCCUCUGGGAUAUGUUUGGUGAAAAAAGCCUUCAUUCACUGGUGAAGAUUCAUGAAAAACUGCAUUAUUAUGAAAAACAGAACCCGGUGCCCAUACUCCACGGUGCGGCAGCCUUGGCAGAUGAUCUGGCUGAGGAGCUGCAGAGCAAGCCACUGAGCAGCGAGAUCAGAGAACUGUUGAAACUCCUCUCAAAACCCAAUCUCAAGGCUUUGCUCUCUGUGCAUGAUACUGUUGCUCAGAAGAACUAUGAUCCUGUCUUGCCCCCCAUGCCUGAUGAUAUCGAUGAGGAAGAAGAUUCAGUUAAAAUAAUCAGGCUCGUCAAAAACAGGGAACCAUUGGGAGCUACUAUUAAGAGGGAUGAACAUAGUGGUGCAAUUGUGGUGGCCAGAAUAAUGCGUGGAGGAGCUGCAGAUAGAAGUGGUCUUAUUCACGUUGGUGAUGAACUGAGGGAAGUCAAUGGGAUUCCUGUAGAUGAUAAAAAACCUGAAGAAAUAAUACACAUUUUGGCUCAGUCUCAAGGAGCAAUUACAUUUAAAAUUAUACCCAGUGUGAAGGAAGAAAUGCCAGUGAAGGAAGGCAAGAUGUUUAUCAGAGCCCUAUUUGACUAUGAUCCUAAUGAGGAUAAAGCAAUUCCUUGUAAAGAAGCUGGACUUGCAUUCAGAAAAGGAGAUAUCCUUCAGAUCAUGAGCCAGGAUGAUGCAACCUGGUGGCAAGCCAAACACGAAGGUGAUGCCAAUCCCAGAGCAGGCUUGAUCCCUUCAAAGCAGUUCCAGGAGAGGAGAUUUGCACUAAGACGACCAGAAGUGCAGAUUCAGCCACUGAAAAUUUCCAACAGAAAAUCAUCUGGUUUUAGAAGAAGCUUUCGUCUUAGCAGAAAAGAUAAAAAAACCAACAAAUCUAUGUAUGAGUGCAAGAAGAGUGAUCAGUAUGAUACAGCAGAUAUCCCAACAUAUGAAGAAGUUGCAAAAUAUAGACGACAACCUAAUGACAAAUACAGGCUUGUAGUUCUGGUUGGUCCUGUUGGGGUUGGACUGAAUGAACUAAAACGGAAAUUGCUGAUCAGUGACACCCAGCAUUACGGGGUAACAGUGCCACACACUACCCGUCCAAGGAGAAGCCAAGAAAGUGAUGGUGUUGAAUACAUUUUCAUUUCCAAGCACUUGUUUGAGACAGACGUACAGAAUAACAAGUUUAUCGAGUAUGGCGAGUAUAAGAACAACUACUAUGGUACAAGCUUAGACUCUGUUCGAUCAGUCCUAGCUAAAAACAAAGUUUGUUUGUUGGAUGUGCAGCCUCAUACAGUGAAACACUUACGGACAUAUGAAUUUAAACCAUUUGUUAUAUUUAUAAAGCCUCCAUCACUUGAGCGUUUGAGAGAAACCAGAAAAAACGCCAAGAUUAUUUCAAGUAAAGAUGAUAAGGGAACUGCAAAACCUUUUACA